AAAAAAGUCAAGUGUCAAAAAAGCUCAGAUCAACGAAAUCAAAGAGUAUGUAACCCGUCUAUACGUGAACGAAAUGACGAAAACACAAAAACAGUGAAGGCAACGACAAAAAAAUAAAAAAAAUAUAACGUCGACUUUCGAUUUUGUUGUUUUUAUGUAUGUGGUGUGUGUAUAAUUUUUAACAAGGUAUUGCUGAUCACAUUGAGGGGAAUUUAGUGUUAUUGUGUCACAAUAUUGGAUAGAAGUCAGUCAGCCAGUAUUUGACCUGGCUAUUAACAACGAACUCCCUCGAAGUUAUAGUUCAACGGGUCUAUAAACACUGAAUUGGAGACACUGUUGCCAUUCAAGAAUAUACUUUAAGCCUCUAAGGAAUACACUUUCAUUUGUACAUCGUUGGGAUCUCACUAGAUUUAAAAAAUAAAUAAAAUUGUAUUACCUCAUCAGGAAAUACUCACAUUUAUCCUCAUUUACAUUUUUGUUGCAUACAUAGUUGGUUUUUUGCCAAAAAAAGUAGUAUACAAUGGGGGAAUUUAAAUUAGGAUUUAUUGGUGGGGGUAACAUGUCCACAGCCAUCUUUAAAGGAGUCCUUAAGAGUGGUGUCCAAUCUGCAUCUGAUAUAUGGGUGUCAGGGCCCCACAUAGAAAAUCUACAACACUGGAGUGACAUGGGUGCUAAUGUUACUACAAAUAACAAAACAGUAUUUAUGAAUUGUGAUAUGAUAUUUUUAGGGAUAAAAGUAACUAAAUUAAGCGAAGUUUUUCAAAGCAUCCAGCAUCCAACGCAAUUAAAAAAAGAAGUAUUGUUUGUAUCUAUGUUACCAGGUAUUCUUAUAAAUGAUCUUCAUAAGAUGAUAAAAUAUUCGCUUCCACUCGUGAAGACUACUGUGUUACGAAUAAUGCCCAACACUCCCACCACCAUUGGAGCGGGUAUUUGUCUUUACACUCCAGACAAUGAAGUAUCAGUUGAACAAUGUUCAAGAUUUAAGAAACUUCUUAGCGGUUCUGCAUUGUGUGAGGAAAUUCCAGAAUAUUUAAUGGAUGCCUUGGGGGCACUGACUGCUUGUGCUCCAGCUUAUAUGUAUGUGGUAAUUGAAGCAUUAGCUGAUGGGGCUGUGAAGCAGGGUGUACCAAGGGCUACUGCAAUGCGUCUUGCAGCUCAGAUGGUAGUAGGUAGUGGUCAAAUGGUUCUGCAAUCUGGAAAACACCCUGGGUUACUGAAGGAUGAAGUAUGUUCACCUGGUGGCUCUACUAUUGCUGGAAUUGCUGCACUUGAGAAUGGCAAUCUAAGGGCUACUUUGAUCAACGCGAUUGAAGCAUCAACUAUUAGAAAUAAGGAGUUAGGAAACAAAUAAGUGCAUGACAAAAUAUUUUUCUAUAGUAUUAAACCAAAAAGCAUCAAACAUAAUUAAUUGAACUGAAUCUCGA